UGUGUGCCCGUGCCGAUCUCCGUGAGGCUAAUGGCGGAUCUUUAUUGCGCUAAUUGCCCAUCUGAUUACAUUAAUUGGUCCCAUCUGUGUCGGGGGUUCGCUUCUUCUCGCUGCCAAACCCAACCGUUCGUGCUUUGGCUCUUCAGACCAGCAGGCAGACAGCUAGGGAGACGGACCAACAACCAGCCAACCAACCGACAGGGCCAUUCCCGCCAGUGCCUGGCUGCCAGACCACUUGUCUUCAAGGCCAUAAGAAGCAUCUUGGGGAAGGAACUGUGUCUACACGCCAUAAUGGGUGCACCGGCAGCAUUGGAAUCGUUUUCAUUGGACGAUGCAGAUAAGAAAAUCACAAUCAUGGAGGACAGCAAGGUGCCGAACGCGUGUCUGUUCACUCUCAACAAAGAAGACCACACCCUUGGCAACAUCAUGAGAUCACAGCUGCUGAAGGACCCGCAGGUUCUGUUUGCGGACUACAAGGUUCCGGACCCUCCGGAAGACAAGAUCGAGAUCCGUGUGCAGACGACCCCGGACUACAGCCCCCAGGAGGCUUUCACCACCGCCAUCACCGACCUCAUCAGUAUGCUCUUACUGAUGCAGGAGAGGUGCAAGGUGGCCAUUUUGUGACAAACGGGAGAGUAUAGAGUGAAGCAAGACGGAUGGAGGAGAGGUGUAAGGUGGCCAU